CGCUGCAUGAAUAAACGACCCCACGCUCUGGGGCUCUCACCCACAUACAAAGAAGGCUCUGAACAGCUGCCGAUCCACGGCACGUCCACGCGCAUCGCUCGCCGGAGCCACGACUCCAGCUCCAAACGCCCCGCCGCUUCCCCGCGUUGCCGCCCACCUCGACGCCCACGAUGCUCGUAUCCCUGCAGGAGCAGGAGCUCUGCCGACACCUGCGCGAAUUACCGCGGCGGCACAACUACCGCUAUACCGAAGAUGCUACCCGUGAGCUAAAGCAGAUUCUCUUCGAAUCGCUCGCGGGGCGUGGCGAAUUCCUCCCGCUCUUGUUCCCCAACGGCCCGCCUACCGACCCGGAGCAGCCAUGGAGCUUGCGCGACGCACAGGGCGCCGUAGAGGGUGCGGAAUACACCGAGGCAGCGAGGGGAAAGCCGUGUGGACACAUUUUCAAGAGCGGGGAGGCUACGUACCGGUGCAAGACGUGCACCGCUGACGACACCUGCGUGCUCUGCGCGCGGUGCUUCGACGCCUCAGACCACGACGGACACCAGGUCUAUGUCAGUGUGUCGCCGGGAAACUCGGGGUGUUGCGAUUGCGGAGACGAUGAAGCGUGGGUGCGGCCCGUACACUGCAACAUCCACACGGCUUCGUCGACACCCGAGUCCGACUCGACGUCAGCAGGGAAGGCCAAGGAAGGCUCGGCGCUGCCAGAAGAGCUGCUCGAGAGCAUACGCAUGACCAUAUCACGGACCCUAGACUAUCUCAUCGACGUCUUCUCGUGCUCUCCGGAACAGCUACGACUGCCCAAGACGCAAGAGUCCAUCCUCGAAGAUGAACGCGCCUCGCAGCUGACGGCGAAGUGGUACGGUCCUGGCGACCAGCCAGACGAAAACCAGGAAUUCUGCCUGGUGUUGUGGAAUGACGAAAAGCAUACGGUACAUGAUGUUCGGGACCAGGUCGCGCGGGCAUGCAAGCAGAAGCUGGCAUUCGGGCUUGCCAAAGCCCACGAGGUUAAUGACAUCGGUCGCGCUACGGUCGUUACCAGAGGGAGCAUACCGGACCUCCUAAAGAUGGCUAAAAUAAUCGAGGACAUCAAGCUGACCGUCACCAUUCGGUCAGCACGCGACACGUUCCGAGAGCAUAUGGGCGGUGCUAUUGUCGAAUGGAUUUCCGACAUUGCUGGGUGCAGCGUCGGCGAAGAUAACCAAGUGCUGCGACAGACCGUCUGCGAAGAGCUACUAAAGCCUUGGCGUGUCGGCAGCGAAGCUACCAACCAGAAUAUUGGCAGGAAUGGACUCGAUGAUCACGAGAUGGAGGAUAAAGAAGCCGAAAUGGAAGGAUUCUAUAUCCGCUACUUGACGGCACAACGCCGUGCGCAGAUUGCACAGCUGAACCGCCAACGGACCGGCAAUGACGAAGGUGGUCAAGCUUCGGACGCAGAUGAGGAGGAGGAGGAGGCCGAGAGUGCUGCAGAUACCGGUGACGGCGAAGACGGCAUGGAUAUUGACGAGCCGGAUCGAGACGGCGAUGUGAACAUGGAGCCUGAAGAUCCACUUGCUUUGAUAGUGAGGCUGCCCGUUGGCAACCCUCUCCCGCAAGGCGGCGACCUUACGCCCGCAGAGUCGGAUAGUGAGCCUACGAUAGGAGCUCCUGCUUUGAGUCAUGUGGAGCCAUCGUUGCCUGUUCCAGAGACACCACGGACGAAGUCAUUACCGUUACGGCCUAUGCGGCCUCCUCAGUACUGGCUAGACAAGCCCGAGAACUAUGGAAGGACACCCGGAACACCUGCACAUGAGGAUCUCUGGCAGCGUUUACGUCUCGACCAUCUCAUUCUAUACGACCUCCGAAUGUGGAAGCAGUUACGGAUCGGCGUACGGGACGUUUUCAUCAGCACCGUCGUGACAAUCCCGCAGUUUAAGCGCCUUCUAGGCUUACGGUUCGCAGGCGUGUACACGGCACUGGCUCAACUUUAUCUAAUCGCAGAUCGGGAACCCGACCAUUCAAUCAUCAACCUCUCCCUGCAAAUGCUUACUACCCCGUCGAUAACAGCCGAGAUUGUUGAGCGAGGCAAUUUUCUCACCAAUCUAAUGGCCAUCUUAUAUACAUUCCUCACCACUCGCCAGGUCGGCUACCCAUGGAACGUUGACCCCAAGGCGACACUCGCCUUCGAACAAGGCGCCGUUACCAAUCGUCGCAUGUAUCAUUUCUUUCUGGACAUGAAGUAUCUCCUGGGCUCGGAGCAUGUACAGGGGAGAAUUCGCGAAGAUGAGCGUUAUCUGCUGCAAUUCCUGGAUCUAGUAAAACUUCACCAGGGCAUUUGUCCGAACGUCCGGGCCGUUGGCGAACAUCUGGAGUACGAAACAGAAGCAUGGAUCAGCGCUUCUUUAAUCACACGUGAGAUCAAUAAGCUGUGCCGUCAGUUUUCAGAGGCUUUCGCCUGGAAGCGCGAAGAAGACCCUAGCGACAUUCGUCGAGCUAUUCGGGCAACUGCUAAAGUCGCCAUUAUAAACUCCCUUGGCGCUGAACGGAAUCGCUUCGACCAAGCUGAGCUCAAAAACGAAACGCGGUUCAAGACCUUGGACUGUCUCGAAUUCGAUGCAGAGCCGUCCAGCUUGGUAGGCCCUUCUUAUCGGGUCGUGGACUGUGUCGUAGCACAGGAGCCAAUGAGUUUUCAUCAUGCAUUACAUUACACUGUAUCAUGGCUCAUCGAUCGUGCCCGCGGUAUGCCCAAAGAGCACCUCCUUGGGCUACUACAGUUUUCGCAGGACGAGCUUCAGGAGGGCAACAACCCUGUGGAGACUACCAUUCCCGAGUACCAGCCUGAAGAGUAUCUGCUCGCCUUGUUCGACUUCCCGUUACGAGUGUGUGCUUGGCUUGCUCAGAUGAGAGCGAGUAUCUGGGUCAGAAACGGCAUCACUUUGCGGCAUCAGAUGACGCAGUAUCGUAGCGUCUCUCAACGCGAUGUGUCCUAUCAACGCGAUAUCUUCCUGCUACAGGCAGCUCUGGUUCUGUGCAACCCGUCAGUAUUCUUGGCAAGCAUGGUAGACCGAUUCGGUGUGCUUGGUUGGAUGAGCGGAAAGUACGAGGCCGUCCACCAUGGCUUCGAAGACACACAAGCCAUAGAGGUUGUUGAGGAUUUCGUCCAUCUUCUCAUCAUUUUGCUCAGUGACCGGACAUCACUCAUUCCAUUUGAAGACGACGUGGAACCCCAGAUCGCAUUGAUACGCCGGGACAUAGCGCACGUCUUAUGCUUUAAACCGCUCUCAUACUCGGACAUGACCACUAGGCUCGCAGAACGCGUACAGAAUGCCGAAGAAUUCCAUGAAGUUCUUGACAGCACCACAAAGUUCCGACCGCCGGAGGGUCUCUCUGAUUCUGGGACCUUUGAAUUGAAAGAGGAGUUCGUCGAGCUCAUUGAUCCUUACAUGCAUCAAUACAGCCGCAAUCAACGUGAAGAGGCAGAGACUAUCUACAAGAAUCACAUGGCGAAGAAGACAGGGAAACAAGCUUCUGACAUUGUCUUCGAGCCGAAGUUGCGACCCAUCACAUCUGGGCUUUUCCAAAACCUUUCCGACUUCACUCGCCAGCCAUUAUUCACACAGAUCGUCUACUACUUGCUGGGGUACGGAUUGAUGGCCUCCACUAGUACUCCUAACAUCCCGGCCACUCGCGUCGAGAGCUAUAUCCAAUUUGUCCUACAACUUUUGCUAGUCGCUGUAUUGGAAGACAAGUCAGCGCAGCAUGAAUGGUCGCAGGACUCACCCGAUUCCUUUGUCACUUCUGUGUUGACAAAGCGCGCCAACUUUGGAUUGCCUGAUCAUCCUACCAUCCUCUCCAUCCUUAAGAGCUUGUCGGAGAAGGAUGAAUUCAAGGCUUGCGAACCUAAGAUCAAACUCAUCAUGCACCGCUUGAAGCAACGGCAGCCAAACACGUUCAUCGUCGCGACUGCCGCCCUGAACAUACCUGCUGAGCGAAUGGACACCGCUUCGCCUGCAACAGUUACCCUCCAAGAGAAGGAGUUGAAGAAGAAGCAAGCUCUUGAGCGACAAGCACGCGUCAUGGCAUCUUUCAAAGAGCAGCAAGGCCAGUUCAUGGCGAAUCAAGAUUUCGAUUGGGGCGAGGAAAUCAGCGACAUGGAGGAAGAGAUUGAUCCGUUAGCCACGGGCCGGGAGAAGGUUGAAAAAUACCCCGGCGGAACCUGCAUACUGUGCCAAGAGGAAACAAAUGAACAGCGCCUAUAUGGCUCAUUUGGCUAUGUCUCACGCAGCAAUAUACUGCGGCAGACAAAGACAACUGAUGUAGACUGGGUCGACGAAGUGGUCGAAAACCCAGUUAGUCUUGAUCGUUCCGCUGAAUCGAUCCGCCCCUUUGGCGUCUCGGGCAAGAAUCGCCGCACCGUCGAGAAGGUUACGUCUAAGGGCGAAACGGUCAUUACAGAGCGGCAAGAUCUUGGCAAGGGGUUCCCCCGCGAAUAUACUCGAUCCGGUCCCGUAUCUACGGGCUGUGGUCACAUCAUGCAUUACGCAUGCUUUGAGGUCUAUCUACAGGCGACGCAGCGAAGACAUGUCAGCCAGAUAGCAAGGAAUCACCCGGAGCGGCCCAUGUACAAGGAGUUCAUGUGCCCACUCUGUAAAGCCAUGGGCAACGUCUUCUUGCCAAUCAUCUGGAAGGGAAAGAGAAUAGCCUAUCCAGGAGCUUUGGAGACGGCGUUCACCUUCAACGACUGGAUCGACUCACAACUUAUCAAGACGGCUGCUCAAGCAGACAAGGAUCCUGUAAGUGCAGGAGCCGACGCAAGCAGUCUAUCGCCCUACCAGAAAUCGUUUUUCGACUACGGUAGAGAGACGUUUAUACAACCUCUCGCAAACCGACUUAUGGACGUCAACAGCCCAACGUUCAGCUCGUUGCCUAUCCCGCAGUCGUCUACGCAACCUCGGUUCCAGAUUCCAGCCUUUUUGCAGAACGACGACCCUCGAGAACCAGUUGUGAUUCCUCCGGAACCCAUCGGCGCAUCUGCUAGUGCUGUUUUGGGAGGUUCCGGCGCUGCAUUUCCAAUGCUCGAGCUUGUUAAAGUAUACCUGCGCCUUAAAGAAUCUCUGGCUGUAAACGGAGCCUUCUCUACGUUUGACCACCAGAAACUUGGAGUGUCCGGAGUGUCAGGAGAAGAGCUCUGUAACACCGACGCUUUGGCAGAGGUUCUCGGAUAUUCCAUCUCUUCAGUAGAGAUUGCCCAACGCGGGGUACAGUCAGAUUCUAUGCGAGGAACUCUACUCGACAAGAUUUCACCGCAGUCAUUAACGCACCUCCGUAUCUAUUCCGAAACAGUGUCUUCAUACAUAUCCGUCGGAGGUCUCCGGCCUAGCCACGCUAAUCUUACUUUGAAAGAAGUAUCUCGCAAACGUUUCGAACAUCUCCAUCAGCUUUUCAUCGGCCAUCCAAAAAUCUUCGAACCCGACGACUUACCGUACGAUCUCAAGGACAUCACGCCCUUGUUGAGUCAGGAUCCAUUCAUCUUCUUGAGCCAGUUCUCGAUGUUUGCAGCACCAGAGUUCAACCAAGACAUCCAUCACGUCGUCCGCUUGUGUUACUUAGCCGAGCUCGUGCGUGUCGCGAUCGCCUUCGCUAUUGACCGACCUAACCUAUUCGACGAGUAUGGAAAUGACCGCUUCGUUAACACAGAAAAGGUCAGCAACGGCACAUUUACCUCUGCCGAAUUCGAGAAUAUCCUCAAAUUCGUGGGUAUCGUCCUAAAUAUAUCCCGUCUCAGCAAUUCGCCCGCACCUCUCGACUUCAACAACAUUAGUAUUCCCAACAAAUUCAGGGAUGCAAAAUUCUUGUACAGUUUCUUCACACUGGCGUCGACAUAUGCGCUUCCAUUUGUUCGAAAGGCCGCUAUUCUUAUGCAUGUACGAUACGGUGUCGAACUUCCUCCACUAGCUUUCGACCGGGUGGACGAACCUGAACUUGAGCGCCUGUCGUCGCUUCUAAGGCUUCCAUCUCUCCACGAGAUGUUUGCAUCUUUAUCGAACGACGCUUCCACCGGUCACACCACGCGCUCCGUCGUCGGAGGCUGGCUCCGCCACUUUCUCUGGGCCCGCGAAGGCCACUACAAUCCCGCACCCAUCACCCUCUCCCACCCCUCCAUCUUCGAGCUAGUCGGCCUCCCCAAAAAUUACGACACCCUCACUGACGAAGCCAUCCGGCGGCGCUGCCCCGCAACCGGCCGCGAACUGACCGACCCCGCCCUUUGCCUCUUCUGCGGCGACAUCAUGUGCAGCCAGGGCGUGUGCUGCAUGACGGCGGACUCGCGGGGUGGGUGUAACCAGCACCAGGCCAAGUGCGGGGGCAACAUCGGGCUCUUCAUCCACAUCCGCAAGUGCAUGGUGCUGUUCCUCAACGAGGAGCAUGGCACCUGGUAUACGGCGCCGUAUCUGGAUAAGCAUGGUGAGACGGAUCCGACGCUGAGACGUCACCAUCAGUUAUUUCUGAAUCAGAAGAGGUAUGAUGUGCUGCUCAGGAAAGUGUGGCUUGAGGGGGGUGUACAGAGCUUUAUUGCGAGGAGGUUGGAGGGGGAUAUCAACAACGGGGGGUGGGAGACGCUAUGA